UUAAAGCUACUUUGACAAAUGUUUUCUUCUAAACUUUAUUCAAAAAUGUUCCUUUUUCAAUGUCCGUUGGCGUAUAUGCAUAUACGCCAAAAUACUCUCCUAUGUGGACUAAGUAGGAUGUUCUUUGCCAGCAAUGAAGAGUACAACGGAAGGGAUCAGAUGGUGAAGAAGUUGAGCCUAAAAAAAGUUGACGUCGCCGGAAAAAGGGUAUUUAUGAGGGUGGACUUUAAUGUGCCGAUGAAAGAUGGGAAAAUAACCAACAAUCAACGUAUUGUGGCCGCUUUGCCCAGUAUCAAAUAUAUUAUUGAUAAAAAAUGUAAAUCCCUGGUUCUAGCUUCACAUUUGGGUCGCCCAGAUGGGAAAAUAAACAAGAAAUUCAGCCUUGAGCCCGUAGCCAAGGAGCUUGAGAAGGUGCUGGGGAAACCAGUGAACUUCUUGGACGACUGUGUGGGGGACCACACUCUGGAAGUUCUGAAGGAUCCGACUGAGGGCAGUAUCUUACUUCUAGAGAACCUACGCUUCCAUGUCGAGGAGACGGGCAGCAGACAGGAUGCAGACAAGAAGAAGGUAAAGGCUGAUCCGGAAAAGGUUAAGGAGUUCCGGGCCAAGUUGGCUCAGCUGGGCGAUAUCUAUGUGAACGAUGCCUUCGGCACUGCCCACCGGGCUCACAGUUCGAUGAUGGGCGAGGGCUAUAAGAUACGUGCUGCCGGCUUCCUGCUUGACAAGGAACUGCAGUACUUCACCAAAGUUCUACACAAUCCAGCGAAGCCCUUCCUUGCCAUUUUGGGUGGUGCCAAGAUAGCUGACAAAAUUCCCCUGAUCACCAAUCUUCUCGACAACGUAACCGUGAUGAUCAUUUGUGGGGGCAUGGCCUUCACCUUCCUCAAAGUUCUCAACAACAUGGAGAUUGGAACGUCCCUCUAUAACGAGAAGGGCUACAAGAUGGUUUUGAAUACAAUGUGCAAGGCAAUGGAUAAGAAUGUGAAGAUCCUUCUGCCUGUAGACUUUGUAAUCGCCAACAAGAUCGACAAGAAUCCUGAUAAAAUCGAUACGGCCGAUGUCAGGAAGGGCAUUCCCAAGGACAUGAUGGGUCUCGAUGUUGGCGAGGUCUCCAGGGCCAUUUUCGCCGGUGCCAUUUGUGCCUCCAACACAAUCAUGUGGAAUGGACCACCAGGUUUAUUCGAAAACGAGCUAUUUUCAGAGGGCACCAAGAAUAUGCUGACUGCCGUAAUCCGAGCCACCGAGCUGGGAGCCACCACGAUAGUGGGCGGCGGAGAUACUGCCACGGCAUGCAUUCAAUUCGGGGGAGCCGAUAAGGUCUCACAUGUGUCCACGGGUGGCGGUGCUUCGCUCGAGCUGUUGGAGGGCAAGAUUCUGCCAGGUGUGGCGGCCUUGUCGGAUGCUUAAAAACCUGUAAAAUAUAAAUAACAUAAACUUGUUAAAGGGAAAUUAUGUAUAUAAAUUGUGAUUUAUUUUGGAAUAACAUGAGUCGCUGGUUAAAACUUGAUAAAAGAGCUGUUCUUGGCUUAAACAGAUCUCGUAUAGCUUUCUACUAACCGUAAUUUAUUUAAAUUUUUCGCUUAACUAAAAAAAAAAUCAACAUUU